AUGACACUCGAUGCAGAAAAACACGUUAUGCUGUCAUAUAAUUGGAAUAACCAAGCUCUCGUAUCCAAAAUUCAUGAUAUUCUAAUUGAUGAAGGUAUUAAAGUUUGGAUGGAUAUAAACGGAGGCAUGGGGGAUAACAUCAACAUCAGCAUGGCUGAAGGAGUAGAAAAUGCUACAGUUGUUUGUUGUUUUAUGACGCCAGAUUAUCAGAAAUCACAUAAUUGUCAACUUGAAUUAGAAUAUGCUAAUAAGAAAGAAAUACGUAUUAUUCCAUGUAUGCUUGGUGAUAAAAGUGAUAGAAAAUGGAAGCCCUCUAGUUGGUUGGGAUUAAUAACUGGUGGACUACAAUAUAUAAAUCUUCGAGAUGAUUCUGACUCAAACAUUCAAUUGAGAGCGAGAGAACUUAUUGACAGAAUAAAAAAUCAAUCUUCGGCUUCAACAACAAAAUUAGUCCUUGCACCAAUAAAAUUAUUUGAACCAAUUAGAGACAAGACAAAAGCUCGUGAACUUCUUAAAGGCAAACCCUAG